CCUGGCACGGCACGGUGUCACUGAUAGAGACGUUGAUCGGUGAUGAGUGAGCAGCUGCCCUGUUUGUGGUGUUCAGAUCCCUAGGCAGGCUAGGAAUAGAGAGAGACUGGAAGAUGUGGAGCUCCCCUCCAUGCGAGGCAGGGACCUUCUUCCACUGCUGCUGUUUGCCUGAGACACCUGCCACUGCUUCUGCCUUUCCUCUUGGGUAGGAUAAUUGCCUCAGCGGUGUUUGCUGUCCUCUCCACCCAGCUCGACAGCUCAAAGUCUCUCCUUCCCAGCCCUCCUUCCGGCCUCACCAACUGGGUUUCCUUGACUAGUCCCAGAUGGCCUCUGCUGAUGCUAGUCCCUGUCAACAGUCAUGAAAGCACAGGUGAAUGCUUUCCAUCUCCCAGCUGUGUUGCUUAGCAACUGGGGUGCUGACUGUACUAGUGUCCCUGUAUGCUGGUGCAGCGGUGAAGUGACAGAGGCUACCUCUUCCUUGGCUGUCCUCACCGGUGUUUGCAGUGGUGGUGUAGCCGUGUGAGACCCAGGAUAUUAGAGACACAAGACGUUUAGGGUGGAGCAUCCAGAUUAAGAGUCACCUCCCUACUCUACUCCUCCCCUUAUCUGGGACUUCCAUCUCACUUCUCCUUACUGCUGCUGCUCACAUCUGGAGUGCGAGUGGGAACAGGUGCACCUCACCUCUGCAGCAGGAAGGAAACAGGCAGUGCAGCCAGCACAGAAAUCACAUGGUAUUGCUGUCUCUCCUGAUUGGCUGACUGGACGACUCCUAAGCAGAGAGAAGGCACUUGUGGCACAACUAGUCAUGGGUCCAGCUACCCAGCAAGUUGGAUCAGUGAUGUCAAGCUUCAAAGGCAAUGCCCUUAGAGGCACUUUCUUCCUGGUCUUCGGGCUUGGGUGGUCUGUGAAAUACCCAUUGAAAUACCUGAGCCGGACGCUGAAUGCAGACAAUCAGGCAGGCCGCUGGAUCCAGAAACUGGAUAUCCUCGAAGGGGCAGCCAAAGCUUUCCUGGCUGUAGCAGGGAUGCUGGCUGAGCAAUUCGUCCCCGAUGGCCCCCACAUGGGUCUCUACAGUGGAGGGACCUACAGCUGGGAGAAGCUGACUAACUGGCAGUACACGACCAUGUACCUCUUUUAUGGCCUCUCGGGCAUUGUGGAUGUUCUCGCCUAUUCCCCGCUCAAGCUGUCUCUGGGACUGGAUCGCCUCUUGCUGUCUGUGGCUAUGUUCACUGAAGGUUUCCUGUUCUGUUUCCAUGACUACAAUAAUACCGCUCUGGAUCAGCACCUCCACUCCUUGCUGCUCAUCGCUAUAUUUGGUGGAGCCCUUUGCGCCCUGAUGGAAGUGUUCCUGCGGGAUCACACCAUCCUGGAGUUCUUCAGAACCAGUUUCUUCAUCCUCCAGGGAUCUUGGUUCUGGCAGAUUGGGUUUGUGCUGUCCCCACCAUGGGGAGGGCCAGGUUGGGACCAGACUGACCGUGGAAACUUCAAUUUCCUCACCAUGUGUUUCUUCUGGCAUUACGCAGCUGCUCUUCUCGUCACAGCAGCCAACUCUGUUUUUUCUUAUUGGUACAGAAAGGCAUGUCAGGCAAACUUUGGAAAUAUUGAUGUUGAACUCGACUGUGGGUUUUGUUUACGGAAAACCAACCAAAGCCCUGAACCUGUCCUCCUCCCAGAAGAUGGGAUGGAUGAAAAGUGAGGACUUGACUGAUUUCUCUGCUUUCCUGAUGAUUGUCCCCUUAAGAUGAGAUUUUUAUUUGCCAUUUUAAAUAAAGUUGAGACUUUAUAAUGGAGUAUCUAAGGUGGGAGGAAAGUGUGCACAAUGUCCCAUUAUGCAAUAUGUACAGAAUUAAGGUGUAAGAAUUUUCUUUCCCCAGCCUCCCGUCGCUGCAGAUUCCCUUAUACUCUUUAGAGCUGAAAAGUGUGCUGAUUUUUUUUUCCUUUUUAAGUUAUUUUUUUUAAAGUAAUACUGUACAUAUUGGGUGUAGACAUUCAAAUGUUACGACUACACUA